AUGCUGGGAGGGAAGGCAAGACUGGAUGCGGGCGGACGGUGGGAGGGGAAGAAAGCGCGGGCGGGCGGGCGGGCCAGGAAGGAAACGGGUCAACUAAAGGACCGCGACUGGACGGGCGAGACCAAAUCCGAGACGACGGGCCCAGAGGAAAUUUGUGAGUGUGCAGCCGUGUCUGUUCAGCGAAAGGUGGAGAUCCUAGUAGCGAGGGCGGGCGCGGCGGGCUUUGGCUGUUGCUGGUGGAGCAAAAAAAAUGGCAGGGCCGCUGCCUGCCGAACACAACUGACCAUCCAGAAAGGCAAGGUGGUGUCCGUGACGUGGGACCCUCCGGUGAUCGGCGAGUACUCCUCCUUCAAGCUCAAGCAGAUUCCUUUGUCGGAGCCGCAGAACAGCAACAAGAACAUCUACAUCACCGAGAACCAGCUUCCCUACCAGAUGCGGGAGGUCACGCCCGGCGCCUCGUACGAGCUGCAGCUCUUCACCGUCUACGAAAACAAGGAAAGCGCCGCCUACGUGGCCACCAACUUCACCACGCGUCCCAACGCCCCGGGCCGGUUCAUCGUGUGGUACAGGAACGAGACCACCAUGCUGGUGCUGUGGCAGCCGCCGUACCCGGCCGGGAUUUACUCUCACUACCGGGUGAGUAUCGACCCCAGCGACGCCGCCGACAGUGUCCUGAGUGUGAAGAAGGAGGGCGAGCCGCCCGGCCCCGCCCAGGCCGCCUUCCAUGGCCUCGUCCCAGGUCGCGCGUACAACAUCACGGUGGAAACGGUGAGUCAGGACCAGAUCUCGGAGCCCACCACGGCCGAGUACCGCACCAUCCCGCUGCCGCCCCGCAACGUCACCUUCGACCUCAAGACCCUGACGCCCUUCUCCUUCACUGUCGUGGGAGCGCCCAAGGGGAGAGGGGAAUUCGACCGGUACCAGCUGAGCCUCGACCAGAAGAAGCAGAUGCCGCUCAUCGUCAACGCAGACCAGCCCCGCGAGGCCACCUUCGACUCCAGCCUCGAGCCCGGACGCACCUACGACGUCCUCAUCAAGACGGUGUCGGGCAACGUGGCGUCAUGGCCCACCACGGGCAACGUGACCACGCGUGAACCCGUUACUCGGAAGAUAGAGGAGGAGCAUGUGCUGUUAGAGGAUUUAUUCCCAGGAGCUGGAUAUGAGAUCAAAGUGUAUGCUAUAUCUCACAAUCAGUGGAGUGAACCUCAUGUUUACUUUCAAGCAGUGUACCCAAAUCCUGUCCGCAAUCUGACAAUCAGUGAUACCACAAAUACAUCUGUGAUCUUAGCAUGGCAGCCCCCGAUUGAGUCUCUAUUCACACAUUAUAUUGUUAGGUACCGAACCGUUGAAUCAAGAGACUGGGUUGUACUGCAAGCAGUUAAUAAAACUGUGGCAGUUGUUGACCACUUGCAGCCAGGAGAACGUUAUGUAAUACAAGUGCGUUCAGUCUCUCAUUAUGUUGAAAGUUUCACUGCUGAAGAAGUUGAACAAACUGUUCCACCGAACCCUGUAAGAGGAAUUGCUCCAAUUCUUGAUUCUCAGAAUAUUACCUUUGAAUGGCCUAGACCAGAGGGCCGAAUUGAUUUAUAUACUAUUAUUUGGUGGAAUGAUGCAACUCCAGAUAGAAAGAAAUCUAAAGAAAUUCCGGGGACACAAGCAACUGAAGGCAUAGAGAGGAAGUUGACCAUUUUGAUUGGUGAGCUGAGGCCAGGAGAGCUGUAUCAUUUCAAGGUUUAUACCACAGCUCAUGAAGUGAACAGCAAGGAUGUAGAACUCUCUAGCAGAACAAUGCCCGUCAUCACAUCAGAUAUAACUAUUGUAAAUCAGCUAGAAACUAGAUCAUUCACUAUCAGGUAUACUCCAACUCCGCGCUCUGUAGCAACUUUUGAUACAUACAGAUUCAUGCUGUCUGACCCAUCUAUACCUGUUAAGGAAAAGUCAGCAGUUGAUGACGAUCGUAAGAUAAUAUUCAACGGACUAGUGCCAGGUCGCUUGUAUAACAUUACAGCCUGGACAGUGUCAGGUGGUGUAACUAGUCAGCCACUCAUACGCCAAGAUCGACUGUAUCCUGAACCUGUCUCAAAUAUCAAUGCUUCAUACAUAUCAGAUACUGAAAUUACUUUAUCAUGGAAAAAGCCAAAUGGGGAUUAUGAUUCAUUUGAGGUUCAAUAUCUCCGUGAUAACGAGCUCUUUACCAAUAGCACAAAGCAGGAUUCCAUUACCAUCACAAGACUGCGACCACAUCGCAAUUAUACUUUUACUGUCCUUACUAGAGCUGGAAGCACUAGGAAGUCAAAACCUGUGUCUGCAGCAUUCACAACAAGUGAAAGCACUCCUGGGAAGGUUGAUGAAUUUGAACCAAUUGAAAUAAAACCAAACCAAGUCACAUUUAGGUGGUCAUUGCCCCCUGAUGAGCAAAAUGGUGUUCUUUUAGGCUUCAACAUUAAAUAUGGAAUCAAGGAUACUACUCCAACAAAUGUAAGACAUUUUGAGCCUGAUGAACUGCUUGGUGUAAUCCCGAAUCUUAUCCCUGGAAAAACUUACUCCUUCCAAAUAGAAGCCACAACAAAGAUUGGUUCUGGACGCAUAAAGUAUUGGGAAGGAACCAUGCCUGUUUGGUCACCUCCUCGGCCAAGCAGUCAGGUUUUCCCAACAGAAGUAUCCCGUACCUCAACUACUAUUCGUAUUCGUUACCGAAAGAAUUAUUUUUCCAACCAAAAUGGGCAAGUUGUUGGAUACACUAUUGUUGUUGCAGAAGAUGAUACCAAGAAUUCAGAAGGGCUUGAGUUACCUGCCUGGCAAGAUGUUCAGAGCUAUUCAUUCUGGCCGCCUUAUCAGAUUACAGAAAUGUACUAUCCAUUUAAUAAAACAUCAGUGGAAGAUUUUGAUAUUGGCAUUGAGGAGGACUGUGAUACUCAUGUUGGUUAUUGUAAUGGACCACUUAAACCAGGAACUACGUACAGGGUUAAAAUACGGGCUUAUACAGCAAGGACUAAGUUUGCUGACACAUACUUCAGUCAUCCAAUUACAACAGAUUCAGAGAGUGGGAAUGUAGGAUUAGCAGUUGCAAUCCCAGUCCUCCUCCUGGUGUUGAUUGUAGUGAUGAUAAUGAUCAUAAGAAGACGAAGAGCUUGUGGAUUCACAAAAAGGGCUCCAGAUCCAGGCAGUGACAUGCAUUCGCUUCCAGAUUCUAUUAUAGAAACAAGCCGUCCUGUGAAGUUGCAAGACUUCGUAGCACAUUAUAGAUUUAUGUCUGCAGACUCAGAGUACCAUUUCUCAGAAGAAUACGAAGCGCUCAGUCAUGUUGGAUGUGAUCUCCAGCGCAAUGCUGCAUAUAUGUCUGUCAAUCGCCCAAAGAAUCGUUUUACAAAUAUUUUGCCUUAUGACCAUUCUCGCUUCAAAUUGCAACCCACAGAUGAUGAAGAGGGGUCUGAUUACAUCAAUGCAAAUUAUGUACCAGGUUAUAAUUCCCCAAGAGAGUUCAUAGUAAGCCAAGGUCCUCUUCUGUCCACACGAGAUGAUUUCUGGAGAAUGUGCUGGGAAAGUAAUUCUCGUGCUAUUGUGAUGCUGACACGCUGUAUUGAAAAGGGUCGUGAAAAAUGUGACCAUUACUGGCCCUACAACACGCAACCAGUUCGUUACGGAGAUAUACAAGUGACUAUCCUCAAUGAGAGUCGCUUCCCAGACUGGACCAUCUCAGAAUUCAGAGUUUGCAAGGGAGAUGUUUGUCGUGUGGUUCGGCACUUCCACUUCACAACCUGGCCAGAUUUUGGUGUCCCUGACCCACCACAAACGCUGGUCAGAUUUGUACGAGCUUUCAGAGAAAGAGUUGGUCCAGAUCAGAAGCCAAUUGUUGUGCACUGCAGUGCUGGUGUUGGGAGAUCUGGAACUUUCAUUGCCCUGGACAGGAUAUUAUUCAGCAUUCGCACAUCAGACUAUGUGGAUAUAUUUGGUAUUGUCUAUGAGAUGAGGCGAGAAAGAGUAUCUAUGGUACAAACUGAGCAGCAGUAUAUAUGCAUCCACCAGUGCCUUCUAGCUGUUUUAGAAGGAAGAGAAAAUGAACACCCAGUACAUGAAAUUCAUGAUAAUCAGGGUUAUGAAGAUGAUGAAGGGAUAGUGGAGUCGGGUAUGUGACAGGAGGCGUAUGGGUUGCAACCACUUGCAGCCUAUACUAAAAUAUGGAAAUGACAUGAGUGUUGGACCAGACAGGUCUUGAAAACUUGCCAGAAGACGAAAACAGUUAAGGAAGUUAGGGAAAGUUGUAUUUUUUAUAAAAAAUGAUUUCAACUACUUCUACUCAACUACCUUAUCAGAUGAAACUUGCAUUCUUUUUUUUAGCCAUGUUUUUCACUUAGAUCCUAAUGGUUAGGUGUCUGUAUUUAAUUUACUAUUAUUAAAAUUUACUGAUAAUUUAAAAGCUUUGUGUUGAGUGAUGAGAAUAUCUGUGGAUAGUUUUGAAUAAGAAUUAAUUGACCAGCUAAAUUAUCAUUUAGCUGAACUGAAGAUUGGUUUAUAACUCAAAAUUUUAUUUUUAAAAUUUAUACUUUAUUGAAAAUGAUCAGUGUACCAAUAACCCCUAUGUAAAUAGUGAGAAGGCUUUUUUAUGUAACUGUAAUUCAGUAUAGUCAUAUUUUUUAAAAUGUGUAAUUGUGCAAUUUAACUUUAGUGAAAAAACUGUAACCAUAGCAAUUGAAACAAGUGCCAUUACAUGUGGGAGAAAGUAAGGGGCAAAGAUUCCGUCCUUGAGUAUCUUUUUGUAUUCUAUUUAUAUAGUUAUAAUAA